GGCGGGGCGCGCGGGCGCCGGCGCGGGGCUGCCGCCCUACCACCGGCGCGUCGGCAUGGUCCAGGAGCUGCUGCGGAUGGUGCGCCAGGGCCGGAGGGAGGAGGCGGGCACGCUGCUGCAGCACCUGCGCCAGGACCUGGGCAUGGAGUCGACCUCCCUGGACGAUGUCCUGUAUCGCUAUGCCAGCUUCCGGAACCUGGUGGACCCCAUCACUCAUGACCUCAUCAUCAGCCUGGCACGCUACAUCCACUGCCCUAAGCCGGAGGCUGACGUCCUGGGUGCCAUGGAGAAGCUGUGCCGGCAGCUGACAUACCACCUCAGCCCCCACUCCCAGUGCAGGCGGCACCGUGGGCUGGCGAAGAGGAAGCCACAGGCCUGCCUCAAGGCUGUACUGGCUGGGAACCCUCCAGACAACACCGUGGACCUGUCGGGCAUCCCACUGACAUCCCGUGACCUGGAGCGUGUGACCAGCUACCUUCAGCGCUGUGGGGAACAGGUGGACAGCGUGGAGCUGGGCUUCACAGGCCUCACGGAUGACAUGGUCCUGCAGUUACUCCCAGCUCUCAGCACCCUGCCCCGUCUCACCACACUAGCCCUCAACGGCAACAGGCUGACCAGGGCCCUGCUGCGUGACCUUACUGAUACCCUGAAGGACCCCAGCAAGUUCCCCAACGUCACGUGGAUAGAUCUGGGCAACAAUGUGGACAUCUUCUCUUUACCCCAGCCCUUCCUGCUCAGCCUGCGUAAGCGUUCUCCAAAGCAGGGCCACCUACCCACCAUCCUGGAGCUUGGCGAGGGUCCAGGCACUGGAGAGGAGGCCCGGGAAGGGACUGUGGGCCAGGACGCUGGAGGGAGCCCUGUGUCACUUGCCAAAGACCACAAGGGCAAGGCAGCUGUAAGUCAGACAUGACAUGAAGUGGAGAACCCCACCAGAGAAUCUGUGGGGUAGGAUGGCUAAGGCAGGCUCGAGGCUCCUCCCAUGAGAGCUCAGGCUAUUGUGAAAAAUCAGUCUGGGCAGUUCCAACCACAAGCAUACCAUGGUACCUGAGAAGGGAUUUGUGCCCUACUCCCCUUCAGGCCUCUCCCCACUGUAAAUCUCAGCAUAUGCCUUUUGGCUGUUAAGAAGUCAUUCCCAGCUCAGGAGAUGCCAAGAACUCUCAGCUCAGCCCUUGGCCUUCCCCACACUGCAGCCAGGAAGCAUGUGGCCUAGAGAUGUUGGCAGCCAUAAUGGAUAUGCAGAGCAUUCUCCCAGAAAACUAGUCAGGCCCAGGGAUCUUUUCCUUUUUUUGAGGCAAGCUCUCUAUAUAAUUCAGGCUGGCCUUGAACUCACUGCAUGGCCCAGAAUGGCCUCAAACUCUCCGUGAUACUCGGCACACCCAGCAUUUUUUCCAAUUUUCCUCAUUACAUUCACCCUGUCUGUAUCUCAAAUGCAAACAAUAGAUGUUAACUAUGCUCCACUCACAGGGUUUCCUCUUCCUCACUGAAUGAGCCAAGUACCUUUAUGCAGGGCAAGCACGGAAGGCCUACACGUCCACUGGAGGCCUUCCCGAUGAGUUAUCCCCACUCACUCACAGCAUCAUGGAUGCCACUUGGCAGUGGCUAGGGCAGCCCAGAUGCCAUCACAGCAAAGGCUCUGGGAACCCCAAGCCCUGGUAUGGCCUCAUAUCCUCACUGUGCAGCCUGGUGACAAGGCUUGCUUCCUUCUCAGCCAAGACUGACCUACUAGCUGGGUUUCAGACCUUUCACAAAUUCCUCUUCCACUUAGUCCCCGAAAUAGCCCAUACUUUGAACCCAUUCCUAAAACCCACUGGAGGAGGCUCUCAAAAACCAGGACCCUAAAGAUGACCCAAACUCUUGGCGGCCUCACUGUGGGUGCCCUGAGAGCCCCACACAGCAAGUUUUAUCCCUACACCUACCCUUAAACCAAUUCUCCUCAUGGAAAGGCCCUACCAAUUUUUUAAAGCCCUUCUAGGCACAAUCCCUACUCCAGAGAAACUGGGAACCAUUCUUAAACCAGAUUAACUUAUGACUGGGUCAACAAAACUCUCAUGGGCAAGAAAAAUACAGAGAAAAACAGACUGUAGCAAUACUGUCAAGACCUGGUCUCUAACCUCCAGCCACAGUAUUCUACAUUAGGAUAGAAACAAGCUGGAGGCUGGGAAAGUCCUUCCACAGCACUGGCUGAGUGUGGCACAGAGCCACCUCAGCCACAUGCGUCACAGGGCAGUGCAGCAGGGACUGGGAUCAAGUGUGGGUGCCUUAAGUGCUUCAGGAUUUUUGCCCUUGAAGUCUACAGUUAAAAUGGUGAGACUGACCACAAGUUUACAAACUUAAAAGCUAACACUGUUAACACCUACAGUAUUCAAAUUUAACUUUCUCUUCAAAUAUAUAUUUCUAAGAAUCAAUACCAAAGGUGACCCUUUAUUAUAAUAAUAUGUAUGUUGGUUGGGUUUUUUAGUUUUUGUUUUUGGUACCAAAAAUCAAACUCAGUCUUGUGCUUACCAGGCAGGCAUUGUGCUGCUGAGCUACAUCCCUGGCCCCAUACAUUUGCAAGUGUAAAUUUAUCCAAAGACAUAGAAAUUC